AUGGCGAUAAGAUUAUCUGCGGGAGGUGCAUCUGAGAGAGAAGUUAUGCUGAAAAAAGAAAGAAAAGACAGGAAAAAGAUUGCACGUGAGAAAAAGUUGCAAAAGAAUGGCAGUGAUGAUGAGAAAGCAGUACAGCAGCAAAUACCAACCAUAGAAGCAAAAAGUGCUAAUGCAAAUGAGAAAAUAACAAGUACUGCUGUGGCCAGUGAUAACAAAGCCGCCGCAAACGUAUCAACAGGAUUACCACGUGAUUUGCUUGUUGAACGUGAACAAAGUGGACGAAUACAAUCUUUGAGAAAAUUCAUCUAUCAUCAUGGUUAUCUAUGUAAUCGUACAGUAACUGCAUGGAUUAUUACGAUCUCAUAUUUGCUAUGCAUAUACAUUUUUCUUGCGUUACUAGUGACUACGGGCAUAUAUAUGUUGUUAUACACUACCCGAGAUGCACCAGUGUACUACGGCGAGACUACUUUCAUUGGUGGUAUUCCAGGGAUUGGUUUUGAACCCCGAAAGCGAAGUAUGAAAAAAGAGCAAAAUAUUUUUAGAUGGAAUAUUGAUGAUCCAACAUCAUAUGCUUUUUAUGUGCGAAGGCUGCGGAGAAUUCUGUAUGAAUAUGCGAAGAUGGAGAUAAUACCCAGCAAAUUCAAAAUAGAUUGCAAGAAAACAGUUGUACCGUACGUGGGUGGAAAACCUGUAAAGCAUUUCUGCAAAAUAGAAGCAACCAAUACGGACGAGAAUUACGGUUAUGGUGAUUGUGCUUUAAGCAAGAAAGUUUUUGUUUUGCACUUCUGCUUGUAUAAGACAAAGGUCAAAGAUCAUCCCAUAUCUACUUUAUAUAUUUUGAACAAUGUUGAGCAAUGGUGA